GUUGUCCACUCAGUCCAUUGGUAACUCCUUGUUUCUUCCUGAACAUCCCAACAAGUUUCCUAUUGGUAGAGGUUGACGGUUUGGUCUUUGACGAAGCUUUAAGACAUCCUAAAAAUGUUUCUUAAAAAAGUUAGUAAUUACUUAUAAAUGGACCCGAAAAUCUUUUCCCAGAACCUGGAGACUUCCUGAGACGUUCCCAUUGUUCUGAGGAUUGUCCCAUGCGAUGAGUGUUAAAUUUUUGUUCUAACUUUCUGCUCCAGGCAAUCACAAGAUUUACUGAGAGCUUAAAAAGCUUUCCAUCAAGUGGACAGAACAAGAUCGGGGGUCUUCAAGUGCCACUGUCCUGCAGCUUUUGGAUGCAUCUCUGCUCCAACACACCUGCAUCAAAUUACCGGUCAAUUACUCAGCUUUUGCAGAACUUACUGACAUGCCAAAGAGGUAUUUCUGUCAUUUCAUUCAUGUGUGUUGGAGCGGAGAAGCAGGACAGUAGCAGUCCAAAACUGGAGCACUCAAGUCUUUUUCUGGUCCAAGCUGGAAAGAAACUGAACUACUUCUGCAUGAUCGGAGUGCAUAAACUUCUGCACUGGUUUAUACACUAACUGGCUACAAUUCCCAGCAAUAAGAACUCUGGAGCCGCCCAGCCCAGUGUGACACACACCGCCUCUGAUUCGCUACGUGCUGGAAACAGGAGCUGAUGGCAUGACUGGCAUCUAUUAUCUCAGCUGUGGUGCCCAGCUGAAGCGUUUACACGCAGACCCGGGUCUGUGCCUCAACAAAAGGCACGCUCUCCAUGUUGGCUUCCGCUGAUAUCACCCAGCUGAUAUGCUGAUGAACGAGAACAAGUUGUUCAUUUCGCAAGCGCAGACAGAGGCUGCCAUUCUUUGAAUAACACAACCAGGCAGAUUAGAGGCUUCGGCACAGAUUCACCGCUCCCUCCCUGGAAUGGCGUUUGCUUUGAUUUUAAAAAGCUUACAUCCCAAUAACUAACGCAUGAAGAAAAGAAAAAAAAAAAAAAGCUAGCUACUCGCUUGGUUUUGCAAACACGUAAUAAGCAUAAUUUCUGUCUUUGUUUUGACUGUGUUAAGUUUUAGACAACAGAGGGUGUGUUGGACCUCGGUACCAUUAUUUGAGUCAUGUUUUGUAUAAACUAAUUAUUGCUUAUAAUGCACGAUUCAGUCAGCUGAUUGGACUCGCCUGGUGCUAUCGGUGCAGACGAACUCAAGCGGCGUUUUGUCCAGUCGUCAGGAUCCGCUGUGACCUUUUGUAGGUCAGCGUGGCAGUUUGCUGUUUCCUUUGUUUCUUUCGUUUUUGUUUGAUGUAAUGGAAAUCCGACAGAGAUGAGGGCAGGAGGGGAGUGACGACGAGGGGUUUUCCGCUGAUGUGUGCACCAGCGAAGAAGAAGAAGCCCGUAUAUUUAGAGAGGAGAUGGACAGAGAUGAAGAGGAAAGGAACUUCGCACCUUCUGCUGCUUCUCAGCCUAAACUCAUCAAGCAUAAGCCACCAUGGAAGCUGCCAUCACCACCAUCGUCUCCCAGUUUAAGGUGUAUGCUGGGAAUGAGGGAUCCUCCUCCACGCUGAGUAAAGAUGAGUUUCACAAACUGGUGACCUCUCAGCUUCCCAACUUCAUCAAGAACGCCAGUGACCCCGCCUCCAUCGACCAGCUCAUGAGCUCCAUAGACGAAAACAACGAUGGGGAGCUGACCUUCUCCGAGUUCUGGCAGCUGAUUGGAAAACUGGCGAGCAAACAGGGAGGCUUCAGCUAGCAGACCCGGCCCAGUCGGCUCGGUUAAUUCCCGCUGUAAACGGAGGGAGAGGGCAUCUGAUUUCUUUUAUCUCUCUGUGCCAGAGCCACAUGUAUAACUGCAUAGUUAACCAUUUGUCUGAUGGGAGGAACUUUGAAUUAAAGCCUCUGUUGUUUUAAACCCUGAA